AUGCGGCACAGCCCGGCGUGGACCCUGCCCUGGACUUGCAGUAGUGCGGCUGGCGGUUGGAACUAUGUGUUGGAUUGGUUCUGCAGUAAUUACAGCGCUAACGCAGAAACGCAGAGCCCCGGUGAGCUAGGAAUUCCAACUCCUUUUCCUCGGCGGCAUUUUCCAACAUACUCCUCGCACUCGAUUCAAGACUCUGUUGCAUACUACCGGCACCGCUGUAGUACUACCUUCAGAAUGGGAUCACUGGCUUACCUCGCGCUCGCUGCGACCCUCGCAUCACCACUUGCCCGAGCGGCAGCAAGUCCUGGAACUUUUGAAAUUGAUCUGAUAUUUCCGAAGAAUGACACCUACGCCCCCGUGCAACUCAUGCCUGUCAUCUUCGCGCUGAAGAAUCCGGCCUUGGCAUCGCCACUCGACGUCCACAUCCGCUGGCUGUUCAAUCAGCGCGGCAACAUCAAUUCUCCUGGAUCAUGGUCGCACGACAUCGAUCUUCGCCACUUGAAUGCUUCAACCAGCGAUCCUUAUCUUUCAAUUUCCUCGAUUCCCUCACUGUCUGGCAUCGAGGGCGCAUGGGCGCUCACAUGGAUUCUUACUACCGGCAACUGCUCUGGAUCCGAGAUGGGGGUGACUUCUUUUGACAACCAAGACAAUGUCAUUAUAUUCACAACACGUAAUACUUCGCAACCACCAGACCUCGAAGCCGCUACCUCACCCGCCACCUGUGACAAGAGCCCGGGCACUGCUUUCAACGUGACGGCAAUCGAGGAAAUUACCAUCCCGCAAAACUUUGAUGGUCAGUCAUCAUGCGCGGUUCUUGGAGCUUCGCCUACCACUCGGGAUCCCUGCGCCGUCACCAUCAACCCAUCUGCUGCUUCGAGUAUGACUGCCGCGAUUUCAGCUUCGGCCUGCUCGGCUUCAGUCAUCACAUGUCCUCCCAGUCCGUCUUCCUCGGCCAAGUCGGACGCAGGCAGACCUUUGCCGCAAGAUGCGGCUUGGCUAUUCAUUACACUAGCUGCUUUGACAAGAUUUCUGUCUGGCUGGGCCAGCUGA